CUCAAAACUCCAGCACAAGCAUGAACUGUGAGAACUGAACACACACAAGACUUCAUUGUAUUGUUAGUACAUAAAAAAUGGUUUAACUUCAGCCUGAUAUCUUUUCUUCAUUCACAAUUUUUGGUAUUUUCAUCUCACCAGAACCCCAGAAUUGUAUCUUCCUUAAAGUGGUUGGAAUUCACUGGCCAUGAACCUGACCGUUAGGAGAGUUUUCCAAGCUGCUACAAAUCUACACGUUCUGAGAGUUCCAGUAGCAGGGCUUAAAUAUUUCCCACCACCAAUAUCAGUUGGGGAUAUCGACUACCCUGAGAGGAGGAAACUCAAAGUUGUGGAUAGACAGCCCCAGUAUGGCCCAAAUUUUCGUCCCCCAAAAAUGACAAAACGUUUGGACCUGAUGCGAGGACCUGAGGAAUAUCAUACGUUUUUAAUUCACAAACAGUUCGGAAUUCAGGCGUUAACUGGAGGCCGUAUGAAGUUCAAUCAUUUUGAGAUGGUCCGCUACACCCUUGGUAGAAAGAUUAACACUAACACUAUGUUCGCCCAAUGGAGAUUAGACCCUCCAUGGCAGCCAGUCACAAAAAAGGGUCAAGGUCAGAGAAUGGGUGGUGGCAAAGGCGCCAUUGACCAUUAUGUCACCCCACUGAAGGCUGGCAGAAUAAUUUUGGAAAUUGCGGGCAACUGCACAUUUGCUGAAGUUCAGCCGUGGCUUGAAGACGUUGCCAAAAAGCUGCCAUUCAAGGCUAGAGCUGUGAGCCACGAGAUGCUCAACAAAGAGAAAGAGAAGGAAAUCGAAGAUGCAAUGAGAAAUAUUAACCCCUACACCAUGGAAUUUGUCAUUCGCAAUAACAUGGGAGGAGUCCAAAAUUGGAUAUCCCCUUUCGACAGGAAAUGGUUUUGCAAAUAUGUAUAAGAUGGCCCAUGGCCAUUAGUCUAGAUAUUAAAGAAGUCUUGGUUGAAAUUUUA